AUGAGAAAAAGGUCACCAAAGGCCUGCCCGGCCCCCUUUGCCAGAAACAGGCUGGUUCACUCUCGAUUGGAAGGCAGGCAGCUCCUUACCGCGCAUGAGCGACGCCUCCAGCGCCCGCGGGGACGGCUCCGGGGGUGUGGCGCCUCGCUGGCUUUGUUGCUGUUCUGCGCGUGCGCGCGCCCCAGCGGCGCGAGGGCGGGGGCGGGGAGUGUGGCGCCCGCUCCGGGCGGCGGCCGAGCGGUCUGGGCCGUGCGGCGGUGGCCCAGGAGGCGGCGGGACGGUCAGGGCAGGCGUGAGAGCCCUCGGAACAGCCCGGCAGGAACUGGUGAGCCAAAGGAUGUUGGGGCUGGAACAGAGGAGGCAGGAGAAGAGGAAAGCAGGGUGACUUUGCCUGGUGGAGCCGGCUGCAGAAGGGCCACGAAGCCGCCCCGAUUGCCUCCUGCCACCUGGGUCCUUGUGUUCAGGAGAAGCACUGCGAGCAGGCCGUUGAAAGGCUCGUCAGAGACCGGAGGAGGGGGUUCCCGGAGAGCUCCCUCACGGAAGCCACAAGGACAGCCCUCUGAAGGUGGGUGCUGGAGCGUGUGCUUCAGCGCGGGCGAUGGCUGCCUGGCCUCCUGGCUUCAGCUCAGCAGCUCGGGGAACUGCAGUCAGCGGGCCUGGCAACUUGACAUGGAGGCCUUGAGAGGAAGACACAGGUCCUGCAGCCCAGCGAGAAGGCGACCGUGCCGGACCGUGGCCCACCACGAGGCUGGGUGUGCAGUGAUUGUGCAGUUUGGGAUGAGUGAAAAGCCGGACCACGUGUCCUUCGACUUUCCCCGACAAGGCGAGAUGCUGGUGGAGAAGCCGGCUAGUGAGGCCACCGCCCAGCUCACUGAGGAGGAGGUGCGGUGCCUGUCGGCUCCACCUGUGAGUCGGCUCCGCCUGUCGGCCCCGCUGACCGGCUGCUGAGAGCAGGUGGAAGAGGCGGGCAAGCGGCUGCUGGAGAAGGGCAGACAUGGUGAGUUGCUGGGGCGCCGGCCCUUUGCGGAGAAGCCCGCCUACAAGGAGUUUGUGAGAGGCACCAGCAGCCUGGAGGAGGACACCUCCCUUCCUGAGGGGCUGACGGCCUGGAACCAGGGGCGGGAGGAGGGGGCUGCAAAGCGCUGCGUGCAAGAGAGCCCAGCUUAGCAACCCUGGCUUUGAAAGCUGCUGCCAGAAUCACUGGGAAACACCUUAAAACCUGAUAAGGGCUAACGAGCAUUUUGGAUACCUAGAGGAUGGGGUCCCGAGUCAGAGGGGCGGGCCGUGAGCCGUAACUCCCCUGCCCCACAGGAAGCAGAAGGCACGCCUCUUCCUGGUGGAGCCUUGGGUUUAGACCUUCAUGGGCCUCCCUUGAGGGGAGGGGGGUGAUGGGUGGAUUUGGUGGGGACAGGUGUGAGUGCUGGUGUCCUUAAUCGCCCCAAGGAGCAGAGGCUUUUGGCUCAGUUCAGAAAUUUCACGGUUUAGUGAAGUGGCAGAAUUAAGGGAAAAAGCAGCCAGUUACCAAGGGGAAGUGUUGGGUUUGGGUUGGCGGAAGGCCUGUCAGUGGUUCUGAAGGAAACGCCACACUUCCCACAGGUGCGUGGUUGGGGGGAGGGUCGUGGAGCCAUGGGGGGCCCUGAAGCCCCCCCCCCGCCCCCAGCACCUGGGUGCUGCUCUGAGCUCUCGGGAGGCAGUCUCUCCACCGAGGCCAGCACCCAUUCUCAGGGCAGACAGCUUUACUGACCAGGGUGUGUCUGGAUUUAAGUCCCUUCUCCAGCUGGCCGUGUUCCCUGUGACCCCCUUUUGUUAGAAUCACAGAGAGGGAGGGUCUGGACCGAGCUGGGGACCUGUGGGUUGUGUGCAGAGUCCUGCUGUCGCUGCCCCCGGUAACCCUCUUCCUGGUGUUUGGGCGGCUGCCAGACGAGAGGAAGGCCAAUUCUGGCUUGUGAGCUCUAGGCUUCUGUUGCCUUAGACUGUCUGGUUGGUCUGAGAGCGCGGCAAGGGCCCGGCCCGGGGAGAGCUGGGGUCAGGACUGGAAGCCUGGGGUCAGUGGCAGCAUCCCUGCUGGCCUCCCAGAGUCCUCGGCACCGCGACAGUAAAGGGGUGUCAGCCGCUGCCUCUCAGGGGGCGGGUGGAUGUCUGGGACCCCGGUGACACCUGCUUGCCUCCCAGCUGUUGCUCCCGGCACCCCGGGUGUGGGGGUGGGGCAUCUCCGCUUGCCACACGUGACCUCUGUUCUCUGCUUGGUCAAGACCAGACGCUGGGAUUUGGUUUAAAAAUUUCCGAAUCAUUUGUUGUGUUUGCUUCAAAAAUAGAAUUUCCAAGUUGGGACAAGCA